UCACCAACGUGAUAUGUGGCAAUAGUUUAGAAGUUGUCAGUGACUCAGUGCAGAGCACAGUGUGAAGAGCUACGUUUGGGAAUACUUUUGGGAAUAGAGUAGAUAUAGCACCAGGAUUUUCAUGAAGUGAAGAUGGUGUGGGUUCUACUGUUAGUGGCUUUCCUGAACACUGGAGCGGUCCAGUGUCAGAGAUCCUCGCUGAAAGACAGUAAAAGACUGGACCCAGAGGUCAACAUGAACAUUAGUGAGAUCAUCAGGCAUUGGGGCUACCCGACAGAGGAGCACGACGUCGUCACAGAGGACGGCUACAUCCUGAGUGUCAACCGGAUCCCACACGGUCUGAAGAAUGGUGACGAUCCCAAGCCUGCAGUGUACCUCCAGCAUGGUCUCCUGGCUGCGGGGAGUAACUGGGUGACCAACCUGCCCAACACCAGCCUGGCUUACCUGCUAGCAGACGCUGGCUAUGACGUCUGGAUCGGCAACAGCAGGGGAAACACCUGGUCCAGGAGACACCUCACACUCAGCCCUGACCACAACGAGUUCUGGCAGUUCAGUUAUGAUGAGAUGGCAAAGAAGGACCUGCCAGCAGUGGUCAACCACAUUCUGAAGACCACAGGCCAGGAGCAGAUCUACUAUAUCGGCCACUCUCAGGGAACCACUAUUGCGUUUGUUGCAUUCUCUUCCAUGCCUGAGCUGGCAAGCAAAAUCAAGAUGUUCUUCGGCCUGGCUCCAGUGGCCACUGUGGCUUUCACUGCCAGCCCCAUGAGCAAGCUCUCCAUCUUCCCUGAUUUCCUUAUUUGGGAUGUGUUUGGGAAGAAGGACUUCAUGCCUCAGAGUGCUCUCAUUAAGUGGUUCGCCACCAACGUCUGCAGUAAGAAACCUCUUAGUGAGCUGUGUGGAAACCUCUUCUUCGUCCUCUGUGGCUUCGAUGAGCUGAACCUCAACAUGACUCGCACACCUGUGUACACCUCCCACUGCCCAGCAGGGACCUCAGUCCAGAACAUGAUUCACUGGUCUCAGGCAGUGCAUAGUGGAAAGCUGAUGGCCUAUGACUACGGGAGAGCAGGGAACAUGGCUCACUAUAACCAGUCGACCCCCCCGCUGUACAACAUCCAGGACAUGAAGGUGCCUACGGCCCUGUGGUCCGGAGGUCACGACACCCUGGCUGACCCUAAGGACGUUGCCAUGCUGCUCAACCAGGUCCCCAACCUGGUGUACCACCGCCACAUUGAGCACUGGGAACAUCUGGACUUCAUCUGGGGUCUGGACGCCCCCCAGGAGAUGUACAGUGAGAUAAUCAAACUGAUGAGUCAGCAGGACUUGGUGUGAACAGUGGAUUGACAGGGAGAAAUAUGGACAGUUUUAGCCUCAGCUCUCAGCACACUAGCUGAAGCGAUUUUAAUAUUGUAUCUGAAACAUAUUGGGAGACAUAUCGCAGUGCCUGGCUGCGAGUGUGUACACACGUUUGAGCACUUUGUGACUAUAAGCAUGUGUAAAAGCGAGUAUUCGCGUAAGUCAUGCUCUCAAGGAGCAAUAAUCAUGUACCUCUAAAUUGGGAUGGUGAGGAAAACAAGCUGUGAGUUUAGGAUUCAGUGUUGUGAGGAAUCCUCUAUUUUGUGAUUUUACUACCACAGUCAGAACACUUGAAUGGAUUUUAGAUGUCUUUAAAACAAAAUAAUUUUACCUUUUAACUAGGCAAGUCAGUUAAGAACUAAUUCUUAUUUACAAUGACGGCCUACUGGGGAACAGUGGUUUAACUGCCUUGUU